AUGAAUCAGCCGAAUUCCAGAAUGCUAAGGUCAUGGGUGUCGAGUAUACCACUCACACUUCGUGCAACACAUCGGCUCCUAAGCACAGCAACACCUCAUUCGCUUCAUGGCUGUCGCAUUCCACAUCGAGCACUCUAUGAGUUUAAAGGACGCGAUGUGAUGAAAUAUUUGCAAGGUUGCAUGACGAAAAAUGUUCAAUCUCUUGAAGAGUGUGUCAUGUCUCAAUCAUUCAAGCAGGGCCAAAAUGCUUUUUAUACCUCUUUUUUAAAUCCUCAAGGAAGGGUAAUGGCGGAUGCCUUUGUUCAUAUGAUACCAACUGCCCAAGAGCCUUGUGUGCUCGUUGAGUUAGACGGCACCAUAUCGGAGGAUUUAAUCACAUUCUUACGCCGCUUUAAACUCCGGUCCAAGUUUCAAAUCAAAGAUGUGAGUAGUCAAUGGGAUGUUUUUCAAGUGUGGGGAAAAGGAGCUCUGGAUAUGACAGCCCUGCACACACAACCUGCCUCUUUUGCGUUCAAAGACAUUCGCACACCUGAUAUGGGGUGGCGAGUGGUUGUACCCAAAGGGCGUGCGCUACCUUGGGAAAAUGUGGCAACUGCACUAGACACAGAUUAUACCAUACAUCGUAUUUCUCAAGGCGUACCAGAGGGGGCGCAGGACAUACAUAUGGGAUCAAGCCUUCCUUUGGAGAGCUGUAUUGAUUAUAUGCAAGGCGUGGACUUUCACAAGGGAUGCUACAUUGGCCAAGAGCUUACUGCCCGUACGUUUUUCACUGGAUUAGUGCGCAAGCGCAUUAUGCCUGUCUCAUUCAGCACAGAACCGCCACAAUUGUCUCCACCCCUGGAAAUUGAUACCUGCACAAAUAUCCAGUUGCCGGACCCCGACGCUGAUGUGCGCCUCAAGGAGCCUGACAGCCUAGAAAGCAAUGAAACAUCUAAACCAUCUCGAUCACGCUCGGCUGGCAAGUUCCUGAGUGGAAUCCAUAAUAUUGGCCUUGCUAUCCUUCGUUUUGAGCAUGUCGACAAGGCCCAAAAUGGAGAGGCUGAGCAUCCAAAUCUUGUCACAGAGGCCCCCGAUGGAACCACUUUAUACCUGCAUGCUUUUAGACCUAGUUGGUGGAAGCAGUGA